GUCCCAUCGUGUAUAAUAAUUGAGUUCCUCUCACAGUACCUACAGUGAGCCCACUGGUAUCAACUUCCUCUCGUGGAUGUUAUUCAACGUGCCUGGCAUGUUGUUGUGUGUGUUCCUCGCCUGGUUGUGGCUCCAACUCUACUUCUCAGGAAGGCUGUGCGGCCAGAGAAAACUGAUUCGGAAUCCAUCUGCAGAGCGAGAGAAAGCUGUGAAGCAACUGAUAUUGUCCAAAUACCAAGAACUGGGCUGGAUCACCUUUCAAGAAAUUGUGGUGUUGACACUUUUCAUUAUACUUGUGUUGUUGUGGCUCUUCCGAGCACCUGAGUUCAUUCCUGGUUGGUCCAAGUUGUUUGAGGACAAGUUUGGGGUGGAUGUGGAUGAUGCAACACCAGCAAUGUUAAUAGUGUUUCUGUUGUUUGCCCUGCCAGCCAAACUUGACUUCUGGUGUUUCAGGAAACCUGGUGAUCCUGAGCCAGAGCGUGUGAACAAUAAUUCUUGCCUGUCAUGGAAGGUUGUUCAGGAGAAGAUCCCCUGGGGUGUAGUCCUGCUGUUGGGUGGUGGCUUUGCUAUGGCGGAAGGAGCUAAGAAGUCGGGUCUUUCAGAAUGGUUGGGAGAGUCACUCAGAUAUCUAAAAAAUUUUGAUGGAGUUUACAUUGUUAUGAUCGUUACGUUCUCGACAGCCAUGCUGACAGAAGUGGCCUCAAACAGCGCUACAGCUUCUAUAUUACUUCCAGUGUUGAAUGAAUUGGUAAGUGAAAAAAAAUAUACACUACAGUCUGCAGUAAUUUGACACGAGACUUGAGUU